AUGAAUAGGUCAUCCUUGUCGUCAUUGGAGGAUGAAGUUACGUAUGCUGAACUCUUUUCUCUCUUCGACAAUGUACAGGAGUAUUUCACGGACAGUCAAGACGGAGUAUUUGAAGACUUACUUUCAAAAACGAGUCAACUCUCGACGAAAAUAAGGAAGGCAGGGACACGCAAGAGUCAGAUCAAGCAAAAAUACUUGUCCGACUUGCAUAGUCUUGAAGAACGUGUAAAAGAUGGUUCAGCACAGAACGAAGUGAGAAGAAAGCAAUGUGCUGAAAAGGAGCGGUUGUGUGCUGAUCUUGAAAAUACGAUAAAUGGUUACCGCACUAAGGCUGAGGAGUUGAAGAAACAGCUUGACGAGACAUCAAAACAAUUUAUGCAGCUUGAGUUACAGAGAUCAGAAGCUCUCAGUAUCCUAGCAGAACGACACGUAAAUAGGUUGAAUAAUAAAUUGUCAACUUUUGACCACGAUUUAUGUUCUUCGCAGUUGACUGGAUCGUACGAAUCAGGUGGAGGAGGGGAUCAUAUGGCAUGA